AUGAGUGGUAUGCUGUUCGUGGCGCAUGACUCGCGGCCUUUACAAGUGCCUAUGGCAGUGCUUGAAGCAGGGGGAGUACGUGCCUUGGACAUUGGCGCAGGCACCGGACUGCUCUCUCUGAUGUGCGCUCGAUUGGAGGGUGUCAAAGAGAUCCACGCCUGUGAGAUGAAUGACGCCCUGUGCGCCGUGGCAAAAGAGGUCAUCGCAUCCCAACCUCCAUCCUGGGCACCAGUCACAGUGCAUCCCAUGGUGAGCACCAAGUUGACACUGCCAAAGUUUGACCUCAUCUUCUGCGAAGUCUUUGACGCCGGCCUGCUGGGGGAGCAUGCGCUGCCCACGAUCUUACAUGCGCGUCGGGAGCUGCUGAAGCCCAAUGGCAUUUUGAUCCCAGCUAGGGCCAAAAUCUUUGGACAGAUCGUGGAGGCACCGGAGCUGCUGGAACGUUUUGCAGUUCUGGAAUCGCCAGCGGGGGUUCCUUUGAGAGGAGCUCGACUGCGGAACAGUGAGCGCUACAGCUGCGAGACCAUGUCCACCAUCGCCCACGUGGCUCUCACAGAGCCGGUGGAGUUAGUAACGUUCGACUUGCAGGAGAUUGAAGAUUUGUACAGCAAUCUGGGAAAUUGGAUCGAUCCGCCUCUAGAGUUGCGCGUGCAGAAGGUGAAACCUCUCACCCUGCCACUGGAAGACGUGCCCUUGCGGGAGCAUGAGAUCGUCCGGCUGCGCUUGGCGCUGCGGCGCCAGGCAGAUGGCCUUGAAGUCAUCUUGGAGGACUGGGAAGGGUCGCAGAUGACAUGGAGAAGCCUGGGCAGUUCCUUUGACAUUUCGUCCAUUUUCACGGUGGCCAAAGGCGCGCGCUGUCCACCCGAGGAAGCCAAAGUGCAGGGGAAGGACUUGCCAUCCAAAACUGAUGUGGGUGUGGCCCAUAUCUUGGAUCCCAACACGGGACUUGGAAUCAACUGGGCCAUCAUGGCAUGGCACUGGACCAUGGUCUUAGUCUUUUUGAUGUUUUACUUCGCUGUAGCCUACUGGACCACUCCAAUGGGCUCCAAUGUCCCCUGGUUGACGCUGUUUCAGAAGCUCCUGGUUUUCUGGAAUUUCUGGGAAGCCUUGGGGCUGGGCGUCAUCCAUGGGCCCAUGCAAGGCAAAGUGAAUCCACCGUUCCAGGACUGGUGGUAUCGGUUUACAGUUGGGUCUAUGAAGUACACUGCUCCCUUCAUGCCCUGUUUGUCGAUGAAACGGAACUGCCUGGACGUCUUGGUCGACGGAUUUCUGAUGUAUGCUCUGACGAUCCGCGUCCUUUUGGCGCCAAAAGUGACCCCAGAGCUGAUGCAACCCUUGGUGGCCUGUUUGAUCUACGAAUUUCUAUUCGAUCAUGGCCAGCACAUGCACACCUACGGCACGCAAACAAUGUACUGCUUCAUCUUCAUGUGCUUUCCAGUGGACCAGGGGCAGGUUGUUGCCCUGCAACUCUUCAUGACCUGGUUCUACAUUUGCUCUGGAUGGUGCAAGAUUGGACCUUGGUUCAAGUAUUUGAAUGUGAGUAACUUGUGGUCUGCAAAGUACAUGGUGAGUGUACCAUGGUCAGACUGCUUUCGAAGAACUAUGUACAAAGGAUACAAAGAUGCUGAUUACCGCCUUACAAGAGCCGCCAAAGUCUUCUCAGUGGUGUGUGCUUUGUGUGAAACGCUUGGACCUUUGUUGGUGCUUUCCAACGACCCAAUCCUUGUUCAAUGCGGCAUCGUCGUAAUUUGCUGUAUGCACCUCUACAUCAUCUCGACCCUGGUUGUUGACGUUUUCACGUGGAACUUUGUGGAUGCUUUGAUGUAUUGCUUCAUCUUCGGACUCUAUGGGCCCUCAGUAGGCGAGCCAAUGGGUCUCCAGUGGAGUCGGCUCCAUCAGAUGCACCCGGUGAUCAUGGCAGUUCUGCUUGCGCAUGUUCUCUAUACCAUUUAUGGGCAUUUUCUCCCGAAUCACGUUCCGUAUGUGGUCGCGCACCGCCACGCUGCCGGGAAUUUCGCCACGGGCAUCCUGUUGGUGAAGCUCAGCGCUGCGGCGAAGAUCGGCAAGGUGGUGGCCCACAGCGGCUGCCCAGUGGUGAAGGGAGCUCCGGCACCUGGCUGGAUCGGAGAUUGGCUUGGCUUCCAUUCGUUGAUGGCCUACUUUUGGCUGUGGAAUCUGCCACAUCGGAUGCUGCUGCCAUUGACCUACAGUCAGAUUAUGGGCAAGGAGGAGGAAUACACCAUGUUGCACUCAGUCUUGGUCUUUGAUGCGCUCUGCGCGCAUGUCCGCUUCGACGGGCUCAGUAGUUUGGUUUUGGUGCGCGAGCUGGGCAGCGUUUGUGGCUUCGAGGAGGGCGAAUGCACGCUAUGCUGGGUGGGUGCGUUCCCUUCCUUUCCCACCCAGCUCUGCAACAGCACAGCCACAUGGAAGGUCGUGGACAGCGUGAAAGGCGUCGUGCGAGAAGGAAGCUACACAGUGCAGGACGUAGAAGACCCUGCGUACAAGAAGCCGUCAAUUGGCGCUGACCGUUGGGUUUCCGAAGAUGUCGCGACCUGGCCGAAGCUGGAGCUCGAGGAGGAGGAGCUUCUCCGUUUGAAUGACAGCAACCAUUGGCAGGUGGUUGACACAGCUUUGCAGCGUGCCAUGGGCAGUUUGCCUGAUGGCAUGGCCGUCCAACUGCUUCAUAUCUCUGAGUCUCUGCCAUUGGGGCUGCUUCUACCCUCGAUGCGCCGGGUGCAGAGCGCAGUAGCAGGUGUCAGUUCUGACGAUGAGAAGGAGGUGAUGGAAUCUUUGCUGGCCCAUUCUGACUUGGCAAUGGAGGUUCACUUGCUUUUGGCAUCACCUGAGCAAGUGAUCCAGGCUGCACUACCUGCUCCAUACCCUCCGGUCAAGGAUGGUCCUGGAAAAGACGAAAUGUUGCCGGCUGCGAUCCUGUUGUGUGAGGACAUCGUCGGCGGGUCCGGCGGCUUGCGUUCGGAGGCUUUUGAGGACUUGGCUUUGCUGUGGAAGAAUUGUGCAGGUAAGUUGAAUGGUCGAGAGCUGCGAAUAGUACCGGAGGCCAUCGAGAUCCGAUUUGCCUUGAUGGAAAGUCCUGAGCUCGAAAGGAGGACAAGAGUGGUCGAGCGCCCGUGUGGUCUCGACGUGUCCGGCGUGAACGCUUUGAGUGUGCCAGAAUUUCUCAGUCUGGAGGAGUCGCUGCUGAAGCCAAAAUGGUUGAGCCAAGAGGUGGAGGCCUUAAGCCUUCCAUUGGAUUCCUCCCUUCCAACAGCUCUCGCGGCUCUCAGUGCCACAGGCCCGGAUGGACAACCGUUGCUUCGCGUGCGCCUGGUCGCCAACAGCCAGGGCCACGUUCACGGCGUGGUGAUGCGAUGUCAUUGGGCACAAGGAGGCCAGGCCAUUCGCAAGAAGCAGGACGAGAGGCUGGCUGGCAUCAUUUGGCCAGUGGACGGAGGAAAGCGUCCACCAGAGUUGACGGUGCGAAGCUAA